AUGGCAGCAGCGGCCACGACCUUCAGCAAGUCCUGUCUGCCAGAGGUUGUUUCAUCCUGCGCCCUGUGGAGAAGCACGCCUAGGUUGUAUGUGCAGGGCUUGUCUUGCUUCUUAGAGUCUGUUUGUGCAGUCAUGUUCCCCAUACUCAAGUACAGUGAGAAGCACUCCAGGAACCUCAUCCUGAUCGCCGUGUUCACUCUCUGCUGCAUCCUCUGCAUCGCCGGCUACGCCUCCACCACUGUCAAUAUUGAGAAGGCAAAAACUGCCUCUAUUGAUCAUGAUCUGAGAGAUGAACUGAAAUUUUUCAAUGUUUUAUUUAGGGGAACACUAAACAUUGCGCGGCCCACUCUCUGUGUUACAGUUUCAGUUUUGGGGGAGUGGCACCCGAAUGCUAUGUUUUGUGAGAAAUCCAUGUUUCAAACACUCUGUGUUUCUGUUUCUGUUUUGCUGUGCAAGUUUGAGGACUCAAUAAGAGGAAUAGCAAUGGGGGAAGCUGCCGGUGACCGUGUCCUGAGCCGCCUCCACAUCGUCAGUUGUAGUGAUAGUGCCACUGCGGCACCCAGCUCGUCGGCGCUCACCGUCGUGCACAGGCACGGCCCGUGCUCGCCGCUGCAGUCACGCGGCGGCGCACCGUCCCAUACCGAGAUCCUAGGCCGGGACCAGGACCGGGUCGACGCCAUACGCCGCAAGGCAGCCGCUGUAACUGCGUCCAAGUCCAAGGGCGGCGUGUCCCUGCUGGCGAACUGGGGCAAAUCUCUCGGCACCAACAACUACGUCACCUCGCUCCGCCUGGGCACGCCGGCGACGGACCUGCUAGUGGAGCUCGACACCGGGAGCGACCAGUCGUGGGUGCAGUGCAAGCCGUGCGCGGACUGCUACGAGCAGCACGACCCGGUCUUCGACCCCGCCAAGUCGUCGACGUACUCCGCCAUACCCUGCGGCGCGCGGGAGUGCCAGGAGCUCGGCUCGUCGUCGCGCAACUGCUCGUCGGACAGGAAGAAGUGCCCCUACGAGGUCUCCUACGGCGACGACUCGUACACCGCUGGGGACCUCGCGCGCGACACGCUGACGCUGUCGCUGUCGCCGGCCGACACGGUCCCGGGCUUCGUCUUCGGGUGCGACCACAGCAACGCCGGGACAUUCGGCGAGAUCGACGGGCUCUUGGGCCUCGGCCGCGGGAAGGCGGCGCUGCCGUCGCAGGAGGCGGCCAGCCGCCUCCCCCCUCGCGCCUACGCGGCGCUGCGGUCGUCGUUCCGAAGCGCCAUGGGCAGGUACUACAAGAGGGCGCCCAGCUCGACCAUCUUCGACACGUGCUACGACUUCACCGGCCACGAGACCGUGCAGAUACCGUCGGUGGCGCUGGUGUUCGCCGACGGCGCCACCGUGCACCUGCACCCCAGCGGCGUGCUUUAUACGUGGAACGAUGUGUCCCAGACGUGCCUCCCGUUCGUGCCCAACCAGGACGAGGCGGACUUGAGCAUACUUGGGAACACGCAGCAGAGGACGCUCGCCGUCAUCUACGACGUGGGCAACCAGAAGAUCGGGUUCGGCGCCAAGGGCUGCGCCUGA